AUGGCUGCAAACAUGGUGAACACGCUCCUCGAGAAGCUGCACUUGACGUCCAAGGAUCAGGGUGCUCCUGCCCAAGAGCCUGACGAAGAAGAGUUGAAGACGUUGCGUCAGAAAUAUGAGAAAGCGAAUCAAGAACAUGUCUUUGCUUUCUACGAGGAGCUUGAUACGGAAGGGAAGGCUGCCCUGUUCGAGCAGCUGUCCAAAUUCGACCCCGACCGCAUCAACGUCCUCGCAGACAAGGCCCUGCACCCACCAAAAGACGCAGACCAGCAGCAGACGUCCAUCAACCCCCUACCCGAGUCAGCCACUGCCUCCCUCCUCGAUGCCUCAGAUGAACAGAAAGAAGAGUGGUACAAGGCUGGGCUUUCCCUGAUUGCACAGAACAAGGUCGCUGUGGUGUUGAUGGCGGGUGGGCAGGGAACCAGACUGGGCAGCUCAGAUCCCAAAGGAUGCUUUGACAUAGGUCUGCCUAGCAAAAAGUCAUUGUUCCAGAUGCAGGCUGAGCGAAUCUGGAAGGUGCAACAACUGGCUAAGCAGCAUGCUGGCUCCUCGUCUGACCCAGUUGUGCCCUGGUAUGUCAUGACCAGCGGUCCUACUCGAGCACCUACGGAGAAGUUCUUUGAGAAGCACAACUAUUUUGGUCUGUCCAAGGAAAACGUCAUCAUCUUCGAACAGGGGGUUCUUCCAUGUAUUUCCAACGAGGGAAAGAUUCUCAUGGAGAGCAAAUCCAAGGUCGCAGUCGCCCCGGACGGUAAUGGUGGCAUUUACCAGGCCCUGGUUUUGUCUGGCGCUCGGGCAGACCAGCGAAAACGUGGCAUUGAGCACGUCCAUGCGUACUGCGUUGAUAACUGUCUGGUCAAAGUUGCUGAUCCGGUCUUCGUUGGCUUCUCAGCGUCCAGGAACGUUGACAUUGCCACCAAAGUGGUGCGAAAGCGAGCUGCCAACGAGCCCGUCGGUCUGAUCGUCGAGAAGAACGGCAAGCCUGACGUGGUCGAGUACUCGGAGAUUGACCAAGAGAUGGCCGAAGCCACAGACAGUUCCGACCGCCUCAAGUUCCGAGCUGCCAAUAUUGUCAACCACUACUACUCAUUCAGAUUUUUCGAAGCCAUCGAGGAAUGGGGCCACAAAUUACCCCAUCACGUUGCCAAGAAGAAGAUUCCCUACAUGGACACUGAGACUGGUGAGACUAUAAAGCCUGAGAAACCCAACGGCAUCAAGUUGGAGCAGUUUGUGUUUGAUGUCUUUCCCUUUGUCCCCAUGGACAAGUUCGCGUGCUUGGAAGUUGACCGAAAAGAGGAGUUCUCGCCAUUGAAGAAUGCACGUGGCUCAGCAGAGGACAAUCCAGACACCAGCAAAGCAGACAUCAUGGAACAAGGGACCAGAUGGUUAGAGGCUGCGGGAGCUAUCGUCGUGUCCGAGGGCACCGACAAAGGCGUCGAAGUGUCUCCGCUCAUCAGCUAUGGCGGUGAGGGUCUCGGCUACCUGAAGGGAAGAGAGAUUAAGGCUCCGGCUGUGAUCGAGAGAAGCCCGUCGGAGUAA